GUGGGUUUGUUACGGUGGGCAUCGAUCGCGUUGCUCGGUUAUUUUUCACUCACACUGGAUUACGGCUGGUCGCGCCGAGUUUUGUCGGCAUGAAGGAGUGGCGUGGCGUGCACUAACCCACGCGCGGACAUAAAUCCCUUCCCCGGUUAUUUAGGACUAAUAAGGACAAAGAAACGGAGGAUUUCCACCGUGGGAAUGACGGAACCGUAGAGCCAAUGAUUGGCAGUCAUCUCGGUCAAUGACUGAUAUCAAACGGGGGAAAUACAUUUGAAAACUGACUGGCAUUGAGAGCAGCCUGUCGACUGAGACUCGGAGCUCUGACGGAUUUUUAGGAUUGUAAUGUCCGUUUUAGUAGUUUUAAUGUAUCCAAACAAAAGGCAGUUUGGAGAGGGGAAGUAGAUAUCUGGUCUUAAAUACACGCUUCUCUCUUGGGUUUACAGCAGUGCAUAGGAAAGAUAAAGUACUGUUUUAUACUAUUACACUUAUCUGAGAUAUUUAAAUGGCGCAUGCUCCAAAUAAUUAGGUCUUUACCGACCCAUUUCGAUUAAACCCGGUUUUCCUCUAGGGACUGCAGUCGUUUUAAACAUACAUUAGCUUUUAAAACGAUGGACGAAGGACGCUAAAUAUUUUUGUUUUACGAAAGCACGGAAAAGCAGUCCUGGGUGCCAGUUUGUAAUCUAAUGACAUUGAUUAAAACCUGACACAAGUUUUGAACUUCCUGAUUUGGUUUCUCUCGGGCAUUCGGGUGUGUUAUUGUUAAAGAUUAUGGCAGCAGUUGUGAAUUACUCUCCACCGUGGUGGGUUAACCUGCUACAUAGACUGCCACACUUUAAUCUGCAAUUUGAACAAACCAGUAGUGAUUUUCGCCCAGAGGACACCUCAUACCAGCAGUCCAUCCUGCUGCUGGGUGGCAUAGCUUUGGCAUGCUUGGCUCUGGACCUCAUCUUCCUCCUCUUCUACUCUUGCUGGCUGUGCUGCCGCCGCAAGAAAAAUGACGAGCAGCCCAACGCAGACUGCUGCUGCACGGCCUGGUGUGUCAUCAUCGCCACCCUCAUCUGCAGCGCCGGCAUUGCUGUUGGUUUCUACGGGAAUGGCGAGACCUGCGAUGGGGUGAAUCGGCUCACAUACGCCCUCCGUCAUGCCAACCACACAGUGGCAGGAGUGCACAGACUGGUAACAGACAGUACAUCAGAUCAGAGCCAGACUGUGGAUGAGAACCUUCGGCUACUGAGGGACCAGUAUGCAAAACAUACAGACUAUCUGUCCAUCAUACAGAAACUGCAGGAUCAGCGGGGUGAGCUGGUCAAUCAGAUAACCGACAUCCCCUUUUGGAAUGAACUCAGCAUUUCUCUGGAGGAUCUGGCAACCACGAUUGAAUUAUAUGACUGGUACAGGUGGCUGGGCUACCUGGGUCUGCUGCUGUUUGACGUGCACAUUUGCUUGCUGGUGCUCUUCGGUCUCAUCCGGAACUCCAAAGGAACUCUGAUUGGGGUGUGUAUUCUGGGUGUGUUGGCGCUGGUAAUCAGCUGGGGCUCUCUGGGUCUAGAACUGUCUGUCUCCUCGGGCUUCAGUGACUUCUGUGCAGCACCUGACAUGUACAUUUCCAAGGUGACGGAGCAGUACACACUUAUCAAGAAAGAUAUACUGCAGUAUUACCUUACAUGCAACGUGGGUCAGGUCAACCCCUUCCAACAGAAGCUGUCUGGAGGUCACAAAGCACUGGUGGAGAUGCAGGACGACGUGUCAGAACUACUGCGCUCUGCUGUCCGAGAAUACCCCAAAACAAAGGGUAACCUUGAGCAAAUUCAGGGAGCUUUAAACACCACAGAAAUUGGACUGCACCAACUCACUGCGCUUGUGGACUGCCGCAGUUUGCACAUGGAUUAUAUUCAAGCAUUGACUGGUGUGUGUUAUGAUGGUCUGGAGGGGCUGAUCUACCUGUUACUGUUCUCCUUCAUCACAGCCCUCAUGUUCACCUCUGUGGUCUGCAGUGUGCCACACACAUGGCACAGCAAAAAGCCUGAAGAGGACAGUGAGGAAGAGUCUCUGGCUCAUGGAGGAAGACAGAAUCAUGAUAACCUGUACCGAGUGCACAUGCCCAGUCUCUACAGCUGUGGCAGCAGCUACGGCAGUGAGACCAGCAUCCCUGCGGGAGCACACACUGUCAGCAACGCUCCAGUUACUGAGUACAUGACUCAGAAUGCAAACUUUCAGAAUCCUCGCUGUGAGAACACUCCUCUCAUUGGCAGAGAAUCUCCUCCCCCCUCCUACACAUCCAGCAUGAGGGCCAAAUACCUCGCCAACGCCCGGCCUGACCCUAACUCCAGCUCCUCGGCAAACUAAAUGGACGCUGUAUCCCCUUCCUUCAGCCCAGUCCAGUCUACAGUUCACGCACUCACACACAUACAUACUUUUGCCUUUUCCCACAGCCUCAGACAAGUUUCACCCCAGGCCCACCCAUCCAGCCAUUUCAAACAAAGAGCCAUGUUGAUCUUUGAUGUGCACUCUCUAACCCAGCUGAUAAAGGACGUCCUUGCAUCAUGUAAAUACUGCUGUCACCGGAAAGUUCCAGAUGGCUGGUUUUGGACAGAGUUUAGGCCACAAGUUCAGCAGGGCGGCAGAAGAUAGUUCACUUAUAGCUUUGUGUGUUCGCGUAUGAGUAUCUUUAAUGAGUAUGAACUCCCAUAUCUUAGAGAGAUGCUGAGUGAUGUGUGUGUGUUGCCCUUGCUUUUUUGUGGUGCUCUUGCCAGAGGUUCAAAAGGUCCAGAAUUAAAGAACUGGAAGGGGUUUGAUGCCCUCAACUCUACAUUCCUGCAUGAACUCUGUGCUGUAGUGAUUUACUGCCACACCAGGCCUAUCAUUGGGAGACUUUACAUCUGUGGCAUCUACUGUAAUAUGACUGAACACCAUAGAAAAAUCUAUCUAAUUUGAAUAGCAUGCAAACCUCAGCAAUGCUUUCCACAGAAUGAAAAAAAAUUGGGUUCCUCUGGUUUGUGUUGAAGGUAUGAAUUUAAAAGCAUUGAUGUUUGGAAGUAGCUAUUCUAAAGAUAUAACUGCCACCAUUGGUGUGAGAUGGACCAAUGUUGUGUGAGUUUAAGGCCAGAAACAUAUUUACGCAAAACGCAGAUGCGAAUACUUUGGCCAAUGCAUUGCAGAUACACAGGAUUUGUACAUACUUAACUUGCUUUCUUCCUUUGAUUAUAACAAACUUCAGUACCCAAGGGGGCGAUAGAGUUACCUUCAAAUUUGCCGUUAAACCAAAUGGGUUAUUAUUCAGGUAGCUAGCUUUAAACAUGUCAACUUUAAAGGAAUAGUUCACCCAAAAAUGAAAAUUCUGUCAUUCCGAACCCAUAUGCCUUUAUUGUUCAUCAUAACACAAAAGGAGAUAUUUUAAAGAAUGUUGCAAUUGAUGAUUUGCAUAUAGCAGUUGAUAGUGAUUCAAUUCAAAGCACAAAAAGCAAACAACCGUGUCAUAAAAGUAGUCCAUGCGACUCUUACAUCAUAUUCCAAGUCUUCCAAGGGUAUACAAUCACUUUAUAUGAUGAACAGAUGGAAAUUGAAGUUGUUAUUGACUCUCAAAUCAAAUAAUUUUUCAAUUCAUGUAAACAACCUAAAUCAAAUAUGGUGACACGUCAGUAACAAUAUUGGUUUAAUGCAUCUCAUAACCAAACAUCCUGAUAUCAUGACACAAGAAUGAGUCACUGGACAACAUUUAUGAAAUGUUUGAGUGCUCUUUUAAGCUUUAAAGUGAGUCAUUGAGCCAUUUACAUGCACACCAAUGCGCUCCCAAAAAAAUCAGCUUGUUUAAAGAAAUCUGACAAAGAAAAGAACACGUUUUUACAUGAGAUUUAAAAUAAUAAUGUUAUCUGCUUUUGAUGUCAAUAUGUGAAGAGCCAUGUGCACAUUGGAUAAGCUGAUAAGAACAUGCAACACGAUAUUGGGGUAAUGAGCAAAAAAUCUACCUGUGUCGAUAGGUUUAUUCUUAAGCCGUUUAUGACCUUACACUGAUAAAGGAAAGACAUUUAAUGUGUUUACAAGACCACACAUGUCAUCUUAUUAAGCAUAAUCAGUAUAAGAACGUGCAUGUAAAUGCACUCAUUAUCAACUGCUAUUGCAUGGAAUUCAGCAAUUACAAUAUUCAUAAAUACUACUUUUGUCUUCCACAGAAGAAAGUCAUAUGCGUUUUUGAUUACAUGAGAGUGACUAAAUGAUCGAAUGUUCAUUUUUGGAAGAACAAUUACAUUUAGUAACUUGCUGAUGCUCUUCAAAAUGUUGACCUGAUAAAGACAAUGCACAAAACUACAGGUGCAUCUCAAUAAAUUAGAAUGUCGUGGAAAAGUUCAUUUAAUUCAGUAAUUCAACUCAAAUUGUGAAACUCGUGUAUUAAAUAAAUUCAGUGCACACAGACUGAAGUAGUUUAAGUCUUUGGUUCUUUUAAUUGUGAUGAUUUUGGCUCACAUUUAACAAAAACCCACCAAUUCACUAUCUCAAAAAAUUAGAAUACAUCAUAAGACCAAUAAAAAAAACAUUUUUAGUGAAUUGUUGGCCUUCUGGAAAGUAUGUUCAUUUACUGUAUAUGUACUCAAUACUUGGCAGGGGCUCCUUUUGCUUUAAUUACUGCCUCAAUUCGGCGUGGCAUGGAGGUGAUCAGUUUGUGGCACUGCUGAGGUGGUAUGGAAGCCCAGGUUUCUUUGACAGUGGCCUUAAGCUCAUCUGCAUUUUUUGGUCUCUUGUUUCUUAUUUUCCUCUUGACAAUACCCCAUAGAUUCUCUAUGGGGUUCAGAUCUGGUGAGUUUGCUGGUCAGUCAAGCACACCAACACCAUGGUCAUUUAACCAACUUUUGGUGCUUUUGGCAGUGUUGGCAGGUGCCAAAUCCUGCUGGAAAAUGAAAUCAGCAUCUUUAAAAAGCUGGUCAGCAGAAGGAAGCAUGAAGUGCUCCAAAAUUUCUUGGUAAACGGGUGCAGUGACUUUGGUUUUCAAAAAACAUAAUGGACCAACACCAGCAGAUGACAUUGCACCCCAAAUCAUCACAGACUGUGGAAACUUAAUACUGGACUUCAAGCAACUUGGGCUAUGAGCUUCUUCACCCUUCCUCCAGACUCUAGGACCUUGGUUUCCAAAUGAAAUACAAAACUUGCUCUCAUCUGAAAAGAGGACUUUGGACCACUGGGCAACAGUCCAGUUCUUCUUCUCCUUAGCCCAGGUAAGACGCCUCUGAUGUUGUCUCUGGCUCAGGAGUGGCUUAACAAGAGGAAUACGACAACUGUAGCCAAAUUCCUUGACACAUCUGUGUGUGGUGGCUCUUGAUGCCUUGACCCCAGCCUCAGUCCAUUCCUUGUGAAGUUCACCCAAAUUCUUGAUCGAUUUUGCUUGACAAUCAUAAGGCUGCGGUUCUCUCGGUUGGUUGUGCAUCUUUUUCUUCCACACUUUUUCCUUCCACUCAACUUUCUGUUAACAUGCUUGGAUACAGCACUCUGUGAACAGCCAGCUUCUUUGGCAAUGAAUGUCUGUGGCUUACCCUCCUUGUGAAGGGUGUCAAUGAUUGUCUUCUGGACAACUGUCAGAUCAGCAGUCUUCCCCAUGAUUGUGUAGCCUAGUGAACCAAACUGAGAGACCAUUUUGAAGGCUCAGGAAACCUUUGCAGGUGUUUUGAGUUGAUUAGCUGAUUGGCAUGUCACCAUAUUCUAAUUUUUUGAGAUAGUGAAUUGGUGGGUUUUUGUUAAAUGUGAGCCAAAAUCAUCACAGUUAAAAGAACCAAAGACUUAAACUACUUCAGUCUGUGUGCAUUGAAUUUAUUUAAUACACGAGUUUCACAAUUUGAGUUGAAUUACUGAAAUAAAUGAACUUUUCCACGACAUUCUAAUUUAUUGAGAUGCACCUGUAUAGAAGCAGGCAGUUUAUGUUAAUACCUGUUAUAACACCCCUUGUGGCAGCGGUGAGAAUGCAAUGCAUACUUAAAUUGUGAAUUAUGGUCUGACACAUUCCAGAAUGACACAUGAAAUCAAGCUUGCGACGCUAGACGCAUUUGCAUUCACAUAUUUGUGUAGUGAAUAUUUUGGGUGUAAAACUGUAGUAUAAGCUGGUUUUAAGGACACGAAUGGUCUGAAUUCUAUCAUCUCAUUUACAGGAUUGCAUUUUAGGAAUGGGAAGUAAUGGUUGAUAAUUGCUGUGUAGCUAUUGCAAUCCUCUUUCCUGUAUAUAAUACACAUGGACUGCAUUAAACAAACCACUCAAAGACCACAGUAUGCCUCACAUUUAACCGGGCUAUAUCCACUGCCAAUAUUGGAAAACUUGAAGAUACAGGGCUGGAUAAACCAGCCUAACACAAAAAGGGGUCAAGUAAUCAACAUCUGGACUUUCAUUGCAACUAGUUUUGACCAAAUCCCAAUUUUCUUCACAACCUUUAACAGGGAUUGGCUUCAAAUUGACUUCAACCUAUUUUUCCUCUUCAUUAUUCUGAACUCUCCAAUCAAACUGAACCAUCAGAGAUCACUUUGUCUUAUGCUGAGACCUUAUUCGAACUUUACAUUUGUCUUAAUAAUGUCCAAAAAUGGAGCCACAGGGACCAGCUCUGACAAUUUGUCAAAACUUAUCUUUUCCAUUAAUCUUCCAUGCAUACCAUAUGACUGCUGAGCUACCAUAGAGCUCUCUUGCCACUCUCGUGCUAAAUGAAAUAUGAAGAUUUCCUGAAGAGUUCAUUGUACUGUACAAAAUGUAAACUGGACAUGUGGACAUUAAGUUUGCCGCUUAGUUGACUUCUCCGAGGGGAGACCCAGGAAAUGAAGUCAUUAGUGGCAUCUUGUUUUCUCCUCAUCAAACAAAAGAGAGGCUGCAGUUAAAACCUCAGUAACUCAUGCUGCAAUUCAGUGUGACUUUCAAAAGCCCACAAUUUCCUGGACUCCUUGCUUCUCUGCCACAAAUUGCUUUAUUCUCAAAGUUAGGGAGAACUUACCAUCUUUGAAGAAGACUGAAAAUAUGAUGUGCUGUAACACUGAAUAUUUUUCCAUUGAUGACAGCACAGGUUUGUUAGAGACCAGGCCAACAACUGGCAUCUGAUCAGGGUUGCAACUGGAAUAAGGAGUUUUUUCUCCUACACAUCUCCUCAAAAGACCUCUCUCAGACAUUACAAAUUAAAUCUAGUAUGAGCUUGUUAUAGGCAGUGUGAUAAUAACCUUCCUCAACACCUCAGGGGUUGUUAUGACAUGCUCCAUCUUACUGGUAAUGUCUCAAUUUGAGGACACCUAGCACGGCUCAUGUCCUUACCACAACAUUUUCCAUCUCAAAAAAGCUAUAUGAUCUAAAUCAUUCAGUUUACAAGGUGGAAUGGAUGCUGUUGUGUAAAUGCAGACAGACUAAUAAUACAUUUCCAAUGUGACAUUUAUGGCCCUUUCCUAAGUGCCGCCAUAAUCCCUUAGGGCUGUUCGCCGAGUCCAAACUUUGGUGACGUAAUGCCACCUAGACUUUGUGAGCGCCCUUCGGAAUCAUAAUAACUGACAAAUAUGACACUCUCCAAUCACAGUUGCGCACUAGCAACAUUUGUGACAGGGCCAAAGUCUCAAAGACUGUAAGACUUUUAUGAAAACAAGCAGCCACUAGGGACAUAAAGGGAUGUAUUGCAGCUAUAAGCAAAAAGAGCCUUGGAUUGUGUGUGAUUUAGCUCAUACCUGAAAAAUCUGUCACUUAUUUGAAAGUGUGAGCUUUUUUCUUUUUUCAGUUUGCUUCUCAAAGCAUGGUCAUCCAUUCAAUGUUGAGUCAAGCCAUAUUGUGUGCUACUGAUGCUUGCAUUGGUUUCUUGAUUGAUGCUUUUGUGGGUAAUAAUGAGGUCUGCUUCCUCAACUGUGCCAAUAACCAAAAACUUUGUACCUUCCUUGUAUCCUCUAAAUGUUUCACAACCUUCAAAAUGUGGACAUUUUUCCUCAUGAGCUCUGUGUGGCAUGAGCAACCAGAUUAGAUACCUGUGAACAUGAGCCUGAUGUUGUGGGUGUCAUUGUUAUUUUCCAUGUAAAUGAUCACGUUGGUGACGAUGCAGUCUCUGUUUUUAUGUGGACAUUCACUCUUGGGUAAUGCCAUACUGCUACACUGAUGUAGAAACAGUAGGCUAUAUAAAACAAAUGUUUGCAAGAAAAUGGCCUGUGUCGAGGACAUGGAUUUGUAAUAUCAUAGCACAAGUCAGUUUUUCAUUUUUAACUUAAUUUUUACUUGGAUUUCAUAGUCCAUGUGGCAUAUUUUUAGUCAUUUUUAGCAAGCACAAAAACAUUUUGUCUCUUUCAUGUGAAUACAUGAUUUUGGUCUUUUAUCAAGAUGUUUUGAUAUGACUUCAGUGUAGGAUGAUCUUUUUUUAUUCUUUCUUUUUUUGAAAUUACUAAAAUAUUGUAUAUGUAAAACCUGUGGUUUUAUUGAGCUUGAACUCAGUGUUUUCAGAUUAAAUUUAACAUUAACUGAUAAAUGUGCAAUUUGUGCUUAA